AUGUCAACCGCGCGCACGGUUUGCCCCUUUGUGGCGGGCGAAGAGUCUUGUGAAGUUGUCACCUCGCUUCCGAGCUCUGAGUGCUACGGAAGCUUCGAAGCGAAGGGAAUCCGGCACCUUGGUUCGUUCCGAGAAGUGACGGUCGCGUCUGCUCACCCCGAGACGAAAUCCCUGUUGGGACUGCCGCCCUUGAAAAAGCACCUCGUCGAGCGCGACACAGAACUCUCGACGGCGCGAGCGCCGUCGAGAGUUCCCACGUCGAACCGCGUGAUCAGCAGCCUCAUUGCGAUGCUCCAGGGCGUGGAAGUCCUCUGCAACUUGGCGAUUCUCUACCUCUACAAAGAUGACUUCAAACUGGACCCAGCCGUCUUGGCCAUCGUCAUGGGCACACUCAAAGUUCCCUGGACCGUGAAACCCGUGUGGGCGAUGAUGAGCGACAAUCUGCCGCUCUUUGGGUACCGCCGAAAAUCGUAUAUUUUUGUCGGCGCGUUUCUCUGCGUAUGCGCCACGGUGGGCAUGGGCCUCGUCGGGUGCACAAACAUUUGGCUAGCGACUGGAUUGCUCCUGCUGUACUUUCUCGGAAGCGCCAUGUGCAACGUCAUCGGCGAGGCGCUAGUCGUCGAGGCAGGGCGGGGCGACGCCUCGGAGGCCGGAACCGCAAAGACAGUGUCGAUCUUCUUUGCCUUUCGGAAACUCAGCUUCGCCGUUAUGUCCUACUUGAGUGGAGUCCUGCUCGACUACAUGGACAAAAAGUACGUUUUCCUCCUUGCCACGACGCUUCCUCUCGCCGUCUUUCUCGCCAACUUCUUCCUGGUUGAACCUGUGACAGAAGUGCUUCCGGUCCGCGAGCAGCUGAGAAGACUCGUCUCCGUCGUGCGCCGACCCGCCCUUCUCCACUCCACUUUUUUCAUCUUCAUCAUGAUGAGCACCCCGUCUGCAGGAUCGAUUAUGUUCUACUUCAUGACGAACGAACUGAAAUUCGGACCCGAGCUUCUUGGCCGCAUGGCCCUCUUCCAGUCCGUCGCCAGUCUUUUCGGGAUUCUUACCUACAUGUGGUUCUUCAGUACUGUCAGCCUGCGCAAACUUCUCCUCGCCUCGACUCUCCUCGUCACCCCCUUCUGCCUUCUCCCCGUCGUCGUAGUCCAGCGAUGGAACGUGCAGAUCGGCAUCCCGGACACCGCGUUCGUUGUGACGGAUACGGUUCUCAUGGAAUUUGUCGGCGAAUUUCAAGCGAUGCCAAUUCUUGUCUUGGCCGCUCGUCUCUGCCCGCCGGGACUCGAGUCGACGAUCUACUCCUUCCUCCUCUCCGCCUACAACCUCGGCCUCGGCCUCGGUGCUCUGCUGUCCGCCGGACUCACUGCAGCUUACGGCAUUUCGGCGACGAAUUUCACCAACCUGACUUCUCUGAUUCUCGUCUGCGCGGCAACCAACCUGUUGCCUCUCUGCCUGAUUUGGUUGGUUCCCGACAGAAUUCCCGCGAUUGAAACGGCCGAGCUGAUUGAUCCUUUUGCGUUAAGCCCCAAAGCAGUCUCCGCUGCUGAUAGCGACAAGGACAGUGUGCAAGCGUCCACGUGUGCGAGCUCGGAUGUGGAGAAAGGCAGUGCGCGCAACCGGAGAUUUCGUGCCUCCGCAUCCGACAGCGACUUGACUGAUUCGGAGACGCGCGGACGCGCGUUAACGCCUUCGACGAGCCAGCAGAAUUCCGUGGAAAGUUUGCUGGCUCCGCCGAACCAAGGGGGGACGGGAGAGAGUGGAGGGUUCGACGCCUCUGCGCUGCUGGCCGCAGUGGAGAGCGGCGAAUCGGGAGAGACUGCUCGCGUGAAGAGCCGGAAAGGAGUGUAG